AUGGGCAAGAUCACCUUUUAUGAGGACCGCCAUUUCCAGGGCCGCUGCUAUGAAUGUAGCGGUGACUGUGCCGACCUACAGGCCUACUUCAGCCGCUGUAACUCGGUGCGUGUGGACAGCGGCUCCUGGAUCCUGUAUGAACAGCCCAGCUAUAAAGGCUGCCAGUACUUCCUGAGGCGUGGCGAGUACUCGGACUACCGCCAGUGGAUGGGCACAAGCGACUCUAUCCGCUCCUGCCGUCUGGUGCCCAGGCAUGAAGGCUCUUACCGCAUGCGGAUCUACGAGAGGGAGAACUGUGCAGGGCAGAUGAUGGAGUUUACCGAGGACUGUCCCUCCAUCCACGACCACUUCCACCAGAGGGACGUCCUGUCUUGUAACGUUCUGGAUGGGUACUGGGUCCUUUACGAGCAGCCUAACUACCAGGGCCGGCAGUACUUCCUGCGGCCUGGCGAGUACCGGCGGCACAGCGAAUGGGGUGCUGGAGCCGCAGUCCUGGGCUCCUUCCGGCGGGCGGUAGACAGCCCUUAG